UGUAUGCUCGGUUCUGUAUGCUCGGUUCUGUAUGAUCGGUUCUGUAUGCUCGGUUCCGGUUGAUCGGUUCUGUAUGCUCGGUUCCGGUUGAUCGGUUCUGUAUGCUCGGUUCGGGUUGAUCGGUUCGGGUUGAUCGGUUCUGUAUGAUCGGUUCUGUAUGCUCGGUUCGGUAUGAUCCGUUCUGUAUGAUCGAUUCUCUAUGCUCGGUUCUGUAUGAUCGGUUCUGUAUGAUCGGUUCCGGUUGAUCGGUUCGGUAUGAUCGGUUCGGGUUGAUCGGUUCGUGUUGAGCGGUUCCGGACCAGCCCGCGCGGUCCCCCCGCGCCUCCUCGCGCCCCGUGACGUCACGGCCGCGUGACGUCAGCGCCGCGCGGCCCCGGGCGGCGCAGCGGUCGAGGGGCGGCCAUGGCGCUGCCGCUGCUGCCCGGCCUCUCCCGCCGCCGCAACAUUGGGGGAGAAAAUUUCCACAAAUCACAGCUCUGUGGCUUCUGCAAUGAUGUUCCUAUGCUCUUUGAAGAUAAGCGUGGAAUAGGAGGUGAACUGUUACCUGGUCAGACCCUGAAAAUUACCAACAGUGUGUUUCCUGAAGCCAUGAGAAGUAGUGCUCCUUCUUGGAUAGCAUUUGACAAGCAGGUAUUGAAUUUUGAUGCCUAUUUUGAUGAAGAAGUGCCUGAAAAAAAUCAAGAGCUGUAUAGAAUCAGACACUGUCAAAUAUAUUACUACCUUGAAGAUGAUACAAUCCAGGUGACUGAGCCCGUAGUGAAAAAUAGUGGCAUAAAUCAAGGAACUAUUGUUCGACGGCACCGGAUUCCACUUCCACCUCCUCAUGAGGAUCAGUUCUAUACUAUUUAUCAUUUCAAUAUCAACACAGAAGUAACCUUUUAUGGCCGAAAAUAUAAGAUUGUGGAUUGUGACCUGUACACAAAAAAUUUCCUGAGGAAGAUAGGAAUCAGACUAAAUCCUCCUGCAUGCCGUCCGGAUGACCCGUACAUCACAGAGCGAGAACAGAGACAUCUGGAGAGCACAAAUCCUUUCCACCCUUAUGAGCGCUUUGACACUUUGAAACAAUUUCUGGAGUUUGAUGGACAAGUGUUAGGGUUUUCCUGUGUGUGGAAUGACCCAGAGUCGCAGCUUUCUGGUCCACGGGAACUUGUUCUUCGUUAUUAUUUGUCUGAUGAUACUAUUGAUAUAAGAGAAGUUUUACCAGACAACUCAGGCUGGGAUGUAGUUCCACUUUUCCUCAGAAGAGAUAAGCUUCCCAAGAAUGCUCCCACUGCUCUGCAUCGUCCGGGCACCAUCACCAAUUACACCCUGCUCAAUGUCUUGGGAAAGCCAGAAAGAAACAAAAGCUAUUACAUUCGGGACGUUCUGCAGACAGGAGCAGUGCAUCAGGAUUUUUACAAAGACAGUGACUUGAAAAUAGGGGCAGUAAUUAAUGUUUGGGGAAGGCAAGUAUUACUCUGUGAUUGUGAUGAAUUCACUAAAGAACAUUACAGGAAAAAGUAUGGAAUUGUGGAUUUCACCCCCAUUCAGUAUAAGACUCCACCGCCUCCAAAACCAGAAAAAAUUGUUCCUCCUUAUAAUGGAUUUGGUUCUGAAGAAGAUUCUUUGUCCUCCUGUAAGGGUGUGGUUAUUGAGUCUCCCCAUAAGGAUUACAGGCAAUUCCUGAUGAAAGACAGUAAGAUACUGCGCUACAGGGCCAAACUCAUCACGGACAGUGACAUCGACAAGGAUCGUAAAUUCAUCAUCUCCUACUUCCUGAGGGAUGACACCAUUUCUGUUUUUGAACAUACAGAGAGAAACUCAGGGAUAGCUGGUGGAAAGUUCCUGGAAAGAGGUCGCAUUAAGAAGCCUGGGCAGGAACUCUUUAAGAGUGAGCCAUCUGAAUACUACAAGGCUCAGGAUCUGUUUGUUGGAGCCAGACUUUGUUUCCAUGGUCACAAUUUUCUUUUGGUGGAUGCUGAUGAAUACACGUUCAACUACAUGGAGAGGAAUGCAAAUGAGUUCCCCAUGGCUGAUAUUUGUGUCAUCCUCAAUAAACUGAAGAGCAUGACUGGAUUUCGUGCCAAAGAAAUCAGAAAGGCAUUUGCUACUACUGACCCUGAGUGUACCAAUGUCAUUGGGUAUGACACUUUCAGGAAUUGGAUAGUCAGUGUCGCUGGUGGAGGAUUUUCAGAACACGAAAUUAUCACUCUUGGCCGUCACUAUGGCAUGAGAGAUGAAAGUCAAAUAGACCAGUGCCGCCUCCUUUCACUGGCUCAAGAAAAACUAAAGAAAAAUGCCUUUGAGUAUUUUGAACAACUGCUGGCAGUGUUUUUGUACAAUGACCGAGACAAGUCUGGAUUGUUGCCCUACGAGACCUGCAGGACUAUUUUCAAAUCCUUUAAGUUGCCACUUCCUGAUGAUCUUCUAGAAACUUUACUGACCAGGUUUGAAGAUAACCAGAAGCAAAUAGAUUAUAGAAAAUUGGUUCAUGGACUGAACUGGAGAGAGAAUCAAGUCCGUACUUACGUGGAGGUAAAGGAGCCACCCAAGAAGGAAGAGAUCUGGAACCAACUACCACGAUCCCCUCCCGUGACUGGGAUCAGAUACCCUGCUCUUCUGGAUGACCUGUUUGGCAAGGAAGAAUAAUCUCUUCUGUGCAAGGCACUGAUUUAAGAUUGGUGCUUCAGCUCUGAAGAUUACUUGGAGAGAUACAGAAAGCAUUCCUUGAAAAACCAGAAAAAAUCAGAUAUAGGUUUUAUUGUAUUUAAUUGCUUGUUCCAACAGAGAUGUAUACUUGUGUGUUUUUGGAACUCUUUCUAAAUCAACAGCACUCUGUCAUACUUACACAAGCAUAAUUAA